AUGCCAACCGCUCGUCCUCAAACGCGUUCUCGCCGGUCGUCUUCGGUGGUCCAAUAUCUCGCUCGAGCCAGCACGGAUCCGGAACAUCACGUGGCUCACUUGGGACCAGCGCGAGGUGACCCCGACACGAUGCCUGAUCCUGUACCCCCCUCCGCACUCUCCGCACCUUCCGCCCCUCUGAGACCGCGUUCGGUCGCGACCAAGACCACGACUCCGCUGCAGACGUUCGGCCCCAGAUGGCUGCAGUGGGUCCAGAACCCGCGGCAGUCGUUCAUCCUGAUCGUCGUCGCGUUGACCGGAUCACUCGCGUUUUCACUCGCGUUCCCCGAUACACCCAUCACCGACAACCCAUUCACGUGGUUCUGGUACAUCUCGCACCCGAUCGCACCCACGCACGCGGGCGAGGACCACACACCCAGGUUCAAGAAGGGCCCGAGGGACGUGCUCUACCUCUUUGGGUGGAUCGUCAUCUUCUCAUGCAUCAGGCAGAGUCUGAGGAAACCCCUUUUCGCUUUGGGGAGGAAGCUUGGACUCAAGAGAAUGAGAAAGCUGGAACGCUUCAUGGAACAGGUCAGUCAGGACACUGCAGAUACGCCAUUAAAAGGCCGAGUUACCCGACGAGACCUUCCUCAGGGGCUUGCGCGCCAAGGUUCGGGAAAAGGGCUAACGACCUCGACGGUCUUUCUGUCCAGGGAUAUGCAUUCAUUUACUUUACAGCCAGCAGUCUGUGCGGCCUAGUGAGUCACCAGGAUCGCGGAGCAAGGCGUGGAACGAAGCUGAGACUAGUCUCGCGGUGUGGGUCUCACAGGCGGUCAUGAGUCAGCAGGAUUCGUGGUUCUACCAGACAAAGCAUUUCUGGCUCAAGUAUCCGCAUUGGGACAUGACCGGCCCUCUCAAGGUGCGCUGAUCCAAGGACCGUAUGCGGAAAUUUGGCGCUUAUCUGAGCCUCCUCCCGUGAUCUCUGCUUUGUAGGCCUACUACCUGAUCCAGCUCGCAUACUGGUGCCAGCAAGCACUCGUCAUGAUCGCUGGUACGCGUUCAUCUCAUAAUCUCUUCGUACCUCCCCUUGCUGAUAUUACGAUCGUCUCGCCAUAAUCCAGGUCUCGAGAAGCCCCGUGAUGACUACGUCGAGCUCAUCCUCCACCACUGCAUCACCUUCUGGCUCGUCUUCGCGUCCUACAUCGCUAACUUGACUCACAUCGGUACCGCCGUCUUUGUCUCGAUGGACAUCCCCGAUGCGGUCUUUGCGCUCUCCAAGUGUAUCAACUACGUCGGACUCGAAAAGACGAGCAACAUCUCCUUCGUCAGUUGCCUCUGAACCUCAUAGACCAUCCGUGCGCCAAGACUUACCGUGAUCACUCCCACCUCCUCUUCAGGUUAUCUUCAUGGUCACAUGGGGUUACUUCCGCCAUUACCAAGAGUUUCGCAUCCUGUAUUCGGUCCUGACCGAAUUCGACCUCGCCCCUGCUUAUACGAAACGAUGGGCCCCCUUGGAAGGGUGCUGGCUUCCAUUGUGGGGUCGAUGGCAAAUCCUGUGGCCGCUCGCGUUGCUCCAGUGUACGUCGACCGAGGGAGAAUUUUCGUUGCGUCAAGUCACCAGGAGAGUCGAGCUGACUUGGUUUCUUGGGUUCUUAUGCAGUGUUAAUGAUCUUCUGGUCCUACCUCAUCCUCCGUGUCCUCUUCCGCAUGCUCAAGGGCAAACCCGCUUCCGACGUCCGAGAAGAAGGGGAGACGGAAAACGAAUUGGACGGUGACGACAUCGUCCCCGAGACGAAGAAAGCAAGUGGGGUUCAAACUUCCAAGUCGGAUGAGAAACUCAAGGAGAGGAGAUAG